GAGAUGUUGCCAACUGCCGUUCUGCUGGUCUUGGCAGCGUCUGUGGUCGCUAGAGAUAACAUCACGUGUGACGGCCCCUGCGGGUCACGGUUCAGGCAGAACCAGCAAGGGGGCACGCGCAUCAUCGGUGGGCAGGCCGCGGUGCUCGGGGCCUGGCCCUGGAUGGUCAGCCUCCAGAUCUUCACGUACCACAACAAUCGGCGGUACCACGUGUGCGGGGGCACCUUGCUGAACCCCCACUGGCUGCUCACUGCUGCACACUGCUUCCGGAACAAGAAAAAAGUUACCGACUGGAGGCUGAUUUUCGGAGCAAAGGAAGUUGUGUGGGGAAGCAAUAAGCCAGUGAAGCCACCACUGCAGGAGAGAUACGUUGAGAAAAUCGUCAUUCACGAGAAAUACUCUCCGGGUUCAGAGGCAAACGACAUCGCUCUCAUGAAGAUCACCCCUCCUGUUCCCUGUGGGCACUUCAUUGGACCAGGCUGCCUGCCCCAAUUUCGGGCAGGCCCACCCAGAAUUCCCCAGACAUGCUGGGUGGCUGGCUGGGGAUUCUUAAAAGACAAUGCCCCCAGGACAUCACCUAUACUGCAGGAGGCACGUGUGGACAUCAUCGACCUCGACUUAUGUAACUCGACCAUGUGGUACAAUGGGCGCAUUCGUUCAACCAAUGUGUGCGCAGGGUAUCCUGAAGGCAAGAUUGACACCUGCCAGGGGGACAGCGGCGGGCCUCUCAUGUGCAGCGAGAGCGUGGAAAACAGCUACGUGGUCGUGGGAAUCACAAGCUGGGGGGUAGGCUGUGCCCGAGCUAAGCGCCCCGGAGUCUACACGUCUACCUGGUCCUAUCUGAACUGGAUUGCUUCCAAGAUCGGUUCUAACGCUUUGCACAUGAUUCAGUUGCCCACCCCUCCCCCUCCUUCUACUCCAGCACCCCCCGCUAAACCCACCUCCACUCAGCCUUCUCUUCGCCCACCUUGGUACUUCCAACAACCUCCUCGACCACCUCCCUCCCAGAGCCCCGCUGCAGUGGCCCGACCCCAACCCACAGCUCCACCGCCCCCCCCUCCUCCACCGCCCCCCCCUCCCCCACCGCCACCCCCUCCCCCUCCCCCACCGCAACCUUCCACUAAACCUCCCCAAGCACUUUCUUUUGCCAAGCGACUACAGCAGCUCAUAGAGGCCUUGAAGGGGAAGGCCUUUUUUGACAGAAAGGGCACUUAUGAAAUGGAGACCACAGACAUCCCAGAGCAGCCUGCCUCCUCCUGA